AUUUUAUAAAUUUGUAUAAAUGUUAACGGAGGGUGUAGGAAGAGAGAUAAAUAAUAUAUAUGUGAGUUGAGAACGGUGAAGGGAGGGAGGUAAACACGCCAGGAUGGCCCAGCCCGCCCUCGCUAACUCCAGGAUCAGUGAUGUUGAUGAAUAUGGAUUUGAGAGACCUCCAGAUUUCAACUAUCAAACAUAUGAAGAGUUCAUGUCAAAGUAUUUGACAGUAUUAACACGAAGAGCAAGAAAAUGGGCUCACCUGCUGGGAGCAAAGGAAACUGUUGGGCGAGGAAUAAAAGUGAAGCGUUACGUAAGAAAGGGGAUCCCUAUGAAACAUCGGGGAAAGAUGUGGAUGGAAGUGAGUGGUGCCAAGAUAAAAAUGAAUUCUCAUCCUGGUUACUACAAGAGCCUCUUGGAGAAUCCACAGGAUGAAGAGUUAAUUGAAGCCAUAAAGAUUGAUGUUCCUCGAACCUUUCCAGACAAUAUAUAUUUUCGUGAUUACAAUGAAGGAAAGUUGUCAGAUCUUUACAAUGUUCUAGUCUCAUUUUCACAGCACAACAAAAAGAUUGGUUAUUGCCAAGGUCUCAACUACAUUGCUGGUCUGUUGUUGAUUAUCACCAAAGAUGAAGAGAGCACCUUCUGGCUCCUGAACGCUCUGAUGGAGGACUUGUUGCCAGAGUAUUACACACCUGAUAUGGUCGGUGUCCUAACAGACCUCAAGGUGCUGGAAGCUCUUGUUAAGGAGCAGGCUCCGUUAAUAUGGAAGCACGUCAACCAUUAUGGCUUGACCUGGGGUCUACUUACAACAAAGUGGUUUAUCUGCCUUUUUGCGGAAGUUCUACCCAUUGAGACAGUACUGAGGAUAUGGGAUUGUUUGUUUUAUGAAGGCAACAAGGUACUGAUGCGUGUGGCAAUAACAUUGGUGCUCUCCAAUCACCAGAAGAUCCUGAUGAGCCAAGAUUUUGGCGAUAUUAUUCAGUGCUUCAAAGCUAUAACAAAUGACACAAAUACCAUUGAUUGUCAUGCAUUUAUGCAGAAUGUAUUCAAGGUAUCUGGAUCUUUUCCAAGAGCUCGGUUGGCAAAGUUAAGGCAAGAGUGUCAAGCGGAGGUACUUGCUGAGAUUAAAAAAUAAUUGAAGUACGGUAUGUAAGUAAAAUAACUGGAAUCUACAUGCAAGUCAAUAGUACUUAAAGAGCCCAUAUCCAGUCAGGGAUGUGCUCCUUUUUGCUAACUACAGCUGUCAAGUCUUUCCUAGAUUACCUAGGAACCUAGGUCUUUCCUAGGUUAUAAUAAUUUUUUUUUAAUUUUGAUUAAAAUAGAUGUAUUGAUUUUAAAAUUGUCUGAAAUACAUUACUACUGUAGAUAUAUGAAAUCUCCCAAUUUGUUGUUAUACACACAUUUUAAAUGUAUACGGUAUUUGGCAGCUUUUUAUUGUAUUUUUCACUUAAAGACCAUCGAUCCUUGACUUUUCAAACUGAGCCAGUUGAGUGGUUUACUUUUGCCUGAAAUUAGUCACUCAGGAUGUGCUGGUGUCAGCAUUAUACUGUUUGUGGUGUGAGGAUAUCUGUUCUGUGAUUUAUAAUAGGUUCACUGUUGUUGUAAAUGUUUUUGUAUUGCUUAGUCAACUCAGAGAUUGCUCAUUGUUUCUAUGUUUACAAAUUACUGAUUAGUUAAUGUCUCUGAUAGUUAAUAAUGUUUAAUUCAGUACUGUACACAAUUUGUAUAGUUAUAUUUAUUUAAUUUGUUUAAAAUAUGUGGUUUUUACAGUAGACACCUGUUAAUUCAUAGUGUUAAUGAUCUCAACCAAAUGUGAAUUAGCCGACCUUGAUUUAUAAUCAAUGAUGAUAGGAUUUAACCUAUACUUGUCAAAUAUUUACUGGGAAAAUAUAAAUCAACGAGUGUAGACAUAAUGCUUUCUUCUGAGCUAGUCCCAUUGGUUGUUGCCUUAGGCAAGUCCAACUUGCCUUUACUGUACUGUCUAGCCUUGGUCAGAACAACUUCAUCUCCUUUGGCAGCUGAAUCUUGGCAAAUAAGAUCUCUGACCAAUCAUAUACGAAAAGAAGACAACAUAAGGAUCUGAUCUCUUGGGUUAAAGUUUUCUAAAAAAAUCUUUUAUGCUAAACCAGGAUUUCAUUUGCACCUGAGCAUUUCUCAUAUCUUGUGUUUGACCUCAGAAAUAAGUCAAUUAAUCUGGGUAGAAUCUCUCUCUCUCUCUCUCUUUUUCAGUGUGUUGUUUAAGCAAUUCAUUAACUUAUAAUUUAAGCAUGCCUCUUAACAGCCAUAAAGGCGAGUAGCCUAGUGAGCCUUGUACUGCAUCUCUGGUAGCAAACAGGAGAAGAGGUAAUUUCUCAUCCUACUCCUCAUUCAACUUGGUACAAUUGAUGCUGAUCAUUGACUUCAACAACUGGUGGGACCUCUCCAACGUGGCCCAACUUUCUGGGUAGUAUGGACAGGAAAUCAGGUUUUUGAAUCCUAGAACUUCUGAAGUUUUGAGAUAAAGUUUGUGUCUUUAUUGAUGCCUCUUAUUACUUGAUCUGUCCAACAUUAGUGAAACAUUUGGCAAGGGCUCUAAUUAUCACUAAUUAUAAGACUAAAACGGAAGCAUAAAAAGAAACAGGGGAAAAAGGAGGAAACCCCCACCUCCAUUUAAAACUUUGACCCAAAUAUCACAGUAACAAGGUUAUCGCGAAUAACCAAACUCGAUUACGGGCUCACCAUAGCCUGUGUUACAUGGACAUUUCAUUCUGAGUAGCUAAAUCUAAAACAACAACAACAACAACAACAACAACAGAUGGUGAAUUGGAUAGAAUCAUCAUCCAGCACACAGGACACACUCAAGGAUGAAAAUGGCCUUGCACCCAGCAGGGCAAGUGCUAAAGGCAACAGAAAUAUUCAUCAGCAUCAAAAGGCAUCUAGAAAUCUAUAAAGGUGCACGAAGCAGCCUCAGUCUCAAUCCUGAAUGAAGGUUCUAUGCCUGCAGUGCUGCAGAAGAGCAUACAGUACAGUACUAGUAGGCAUCCAUCAGUCUCAGGAGACUAUGUAGUUGCGCUCUGGUUGUCGGUCUGGAGUGGCCUCUCCAGGGCGCAAAUGUCACCAGGGCCAGUACCUAGUACAGUACUAGGUAACACAUAAGUGGUCCCUAGAAUAUCUGGGACCUGCCUAGAACUAGGUUUGAAGAAUGCAACCAUAGGGGCCUCGUAGCCUGGUGGAUAGCGGCCAGGACUCGUAAUUCUGUGGCGCGGGUUCGAUUCCCGCACGAGGCAGAAACAAAUGGGCAAAAGUUUCUUUCACCCUAUGCCCCUGUUACCUAG